CACGUGCCUUUUAUGUGUGUCAUGGAACCGGUAGUGCCGAACGCAGUAACAAGGCAACUGAAGUGCUUCGUUGCCGACCGACAGCGGCGCAGGGCAUCAUCUCAAGCGAGACCGCGCACGGGCAGCACAGAAUAAACCGGAACGUUGCUGUUGUGAGCUCGAGCCAAUUCAGCGAAACGAAGCUGACAUGUCGUUAUCUUCGAUGCAAGGGUUCUUUUGCAACGUUCUCAGAUGGCAAGUCAGCUGGUCAGCGAUUACAGCGUGGUUGACCAUAGCCAGUGGACUAUUGGCACUUAAAUACCUUGUGAGCAGGAAAAGAGACAAAAAAAGCAAGCGUUUUCCGCCCGGUCCGAGUGGUGUGCCGUUGCUCGGCUAUCUCCCAUUCGUGAGGAAACCGUAUCACAUUGCCUUUCAAGAGCUCAGUGACUGUUACGGGCCAAUUUUCAGGCUCCGCCUUGGCUGCAAGGAUGUGGUUGUGUUGAAUGACGUCGCCUCUGCCCGGGAAGGACUCAACAAUCCCGACGUUUUCUACAGGCCCGAAGACUUUGUAUUUCGUUUUCUGGACACAAAAGGAGUCGGAGCUUUGAACGGAGAAGCAUGGCAAGCGAACAGAAGGUACUGCUUCCAGGUGCUCAGAAACUUGGGCUUUGCCAAGAAAUCCAUGGAGAAGCACAUUCAAGAGGAGAUUCAGGGCUUCACCAACCUAUUGGAGUUCAGCAAGGGAGAGCCCGUGAAGGUGGCGCAGCAGCUCACUGCCAGCGUGGCCAAUAACAUGACGGCCCUGGUGUUCGGCGAACGCUACGAUCCCCACGAGCCACGGGGUCGCUUGGUCGCGGAACUGCUGACCAUGUUCCUGCUGAACGCCAACUUCUUCACGUUCUACGAUUUCCUGCCCGUAGUGCGUUUCUUCGCUGCGUACAUACCGAACACAAGGAUCCGCAUCAUCAACUACGUUUUCAAAGAGUUCAAGAAAAUUGCCAGAACCGAAGUGAAGAACCGGGAAACAAUCAUGGAUCAAUAUAAGGACAGAGACUUUAUAGAUGGCUAUUUGAGAAAGAUCCAAGAAAACAAAGGCAUUAAUUCUCACUACACCAUGCCAACUCUGGAAGCGAACACGAUCAACUUCUACAGCGCUUCGACCAACACCGUGAGGACUGCCAUCUUGUGGAACCUGUACAUCGCGGCCAGUGACCCAGAUUAUCACCAGGCGCGCAUACAAAGGGAGAUAGAUGCCGCCGUGGGCAAACUGCGGGCGCCUCAGUGGGAUGACCGGCUGCACAUGCCAUUCACCAUGGCGUCAAUACUGGAGACGCUGCGUUGGAGGACACUAUCACCCAUCGGCAUAAGCAGGGAGGCUGCAAGAAAUACAGUAAUUUGUGGUUACGAUGUGGCAGCUGGUACUGUGGUGGUAGCAAACUUCUGGGGCCUUCACAAUGACCCAGUCAACUGGCCCUGUCCAUCCAAGUAUGACCCGGCUCGAUUUCUCAAUACCGACGGCACAGAAGUAAAAGAGAAACCAGCAGCAUUUCUACCGUUUAGCACGGGAAAACGAGGGUGCCCUGGCGAGACUCUUGCUUUGAUGGAAAUCUUUCUCUACAUGACCACUGUGCUUCAGAAAUUUAGGGUACUUCCCGAAGAAGGCAAAAGUAUUUCGCUGGACGAAUUUGACGCUCUCUUAACCGUACUCGAUGAUACUCAAGGACUGCGGUUCAUAUUACGAUGAAAACCAUGACGUAACGUUCUGCGUGCCACCAAAGCUAUAGCCCUGACAAAUCUCGACAUUUUGACUAACCAAGAUGAGCGUGAACGAGUAGUACGAUCGGAUGCGUUUUUUAAAUGUGUAAAUUAAUAAGUACUACACAUCGUCAGCAGAUAUGAAGACAUGUGUCUGUGUACGUGGUACGCUGCAGCAAGAACCUACGACUUCUGCAUUUUGCUUUUGUUGAAACGUGCUUCAAACGAUUUCAGGAAUAAAAGAAAUGUAUUCUACAUAAGCUCGUAGAGAAUUAGCCACUUUUCCGGCAAGCCUCGUGGGACUGUGAACAAGCUCGCAUAUAGAUGUGCCUGCCUGGAUAGAUGACGUUCUAGAAUGUGUUCGGUAAUUCAGCCAAAUAAGUGGGUUGGUGCCAUCC